CGGCAGCCCUCGCGCUGCCAACGGCCUGAAGGUGCGCGCAUGCGUGCGAGGGCCUCCCUGGGUGCAGGCUCCAGGUGGCGCGCGACUGGUGGAACUCGAUGUUCUCAUCUUUUCUAUGAGUUUCAUCAUCUGUACUUUUUCACCAGCAUUUGUGAUUUAACCAGUUAGUAAUAGAGGAGAAUCAUUAACUAGGAGAAAAUGUCAACUCUAAAAAUGAAAGAGGCAGCCCUUAUCUAUCUUGACAAAAGUGGAGGUCUCCAGAAGUUUAUAGAUGAUUGCAAGUAUUACAAUGAUUUGAAACAAAGUUACGCUGUCUAUCGAUUCAAUAUUUUAAUAAAUCCUUCUGAUGUUGUUGAAUUAGAUACCGAACUUGGAAAUCACAUUUUACACCAACCUUUAGAAGCUUCUCAAGUCUUUCAAUCGGUGUGUUUUAUUGCCGUUAAGACUCUGUCAUUAAUUGGACAAUUACAGACUGAAAAUCAGAUUAAUAUAGUGCUGAAGUUAACACAUUUACCUCCUCUGCCAAGUUAUAGUCUUGAUUUUUGUGAGUUUCCACUUGAUUAUACAUCUCAAAGAUUUUAUAUGAUGCAAGGAAUUGUGAUUGCAAUGACAACUGUAACCAAGUAUACACAAGGUGCAAGAUUUCUUUGUUCGGAUGAAGCAUGCCCUCUUUCAAAAGGAUUUCAGUAUAUAAGAGUGCAUGUGCCUGGUGCUACAGAAUCAGCAACAAUAAGAAAUGACUUUUUGUGUAAUCUGUGUUCAUCUUCACUUCAGGAAGACAGAAAAUUUAGAGUACUUGGUGAUAAACAGAUAGUUGAAAUAAUUCCUGCAAAGGCACUUCAUGCUUUUCAAGGAUAUUCUAACAAGCAGCGAUUUAGGUUUCAAUCUCUUACAAUUUUCCUACGAGAUGAAUUAGUGAAUAAAAUGAAUAUAGGAAAUGAGUAUAAAAUUAUUGGAAUUCCAACCUGUGUGAAAACUUCACAAACUUCUGUCUGUAUAGAGACAAAUAGCAUCACUUUUUACAACCCAAAAGUUCCUUCAGGGAUUAGCGACAGUUUCAGGUGUCUCCUCUCUUUGACUUCCAGCUCGUGCUGGAAGUUUACAGCGAUACUCGCCAAUAUCUUUGCAUCACAGAUUGUUCCUCCUGGGACUUACAAUUUGCUCAAACUCUGUUUGCUGAUGAGUCUAGUACAGACAAGUGUCCGAAACAAGGAACUGGAAGAUUCCCUGGAUAUUUUAAUUAUAACAAGUGAUACUCUACUUGUAGACAGGCUUUUGAAUUUUAGUAUAAACCUUGUGCCCCGUGGUAUACGUCAUCCAGUCUCUGCUGAAAUUUUUCCUACUGUAUCCAGAAAUAAGUAUGGAACUGGAGCAGUUAGUGUUCAGGCUGGCAGUGCUUUGCUAGCUAAAGGUAGUAUCUGCUUUAUAGGGGACUUGGCUUCACACAAAAAAGAUAAACUUGAACAACUUCAAUCAGUUAUGGAAAGCAGAAGCAUCACAGUAUAUAUCUCAGGAAAGAAGUUUGGGGAUGAUAUUGAUCAACAGAUGACAUUUCCAGUUCAGUGCAGUUUUUGGUCUUUUGUUGAUUUGGAUUCAUCAUCAAGAAGAAAUACACAGAAAACCAAUACUCUAAUUGGUCAGAUGGAUUGCAGUUUGAUUCCAGCUAAUCUUGUAGAGGCAUUUGGAUUAUUGAUUAACUGUAAUGAAUCAUCUCCUUGCCACCCAUUUCUUUCUAAUGUGCAACAUACUUUAAAGAAAGCCAUUGAUCCCGAAGGGCUGCUUUAUGUAGCUUCUAAACAGUUCACUACUGAAGAUUUUGAAAAGCUGCUGGCUUUUGCAAAGAAUUUGAAUGUAGAAUUCAGCUUGGAGGCAGAAAGAAUGAUUCAUGGCUAUUAUCUAGCGAGUCGCAGAAUCAGAACAGAUUCUAUCUGUGGAUCAAAACUGUCAUCAUCUGCAUUAAAAUAUUUAGUUUCCCUAUCUGAAGCCCAUGCUCGACUAAACUUAAGGACUAAAGUGAUUAAAGAAGAUGCACUAAUUGCAGCCUUAUUGUUUGAAACAUCUCUCACAUUGAAAUACGGGACCACUGUAUUUCGUGUUGCUCCAAAUGCAGUAUUUCCUUUUGAACUGUAUAAUGAAGAAUAUUUAGAGAAAAGGGAUAUCUAUCUGACUCAGUGCCAACAACAGCUCCUACAGUUUAUUGCCACAUAUGGACCUGGGACAACUAUUUUUGCUAGCGAUGAAUAGCCAAUCCAAGGAAAAAAUCUUCAUUCCUAUUUAAGCAGUGGAAAAAAAGUGCAAAUUGAUUUUUGAAGUCACACUUCAGGUAGUGUAUAUUACAAUAUCUUUAAAAAUACAAAAUAUCUCUUCAAAUCAUUUGCUAAUGGAAUAAGCAUUAAUCUAACUACCAAACCUAACAGCAGAACCUUAAAACUUAAGAGAAUCCUAUUUAAAAACUUUAGUUAGCCCAGUAUACCAGUAAACAGAUAAAAGUACGUUGCAAGCUAAGCAACGUAAAAAGAUGGUUAACUUUUAUGUAGUUCCCUUGAUUCGUCACAAGAUGGCAAUAGCGCUUUAGAUGAGUACCUACAAUUUAAAACUUUUUUCUUGCACUUUUGAACUUGACAAAUUGAUGAGUAAUUUAUAUAACCAGAAGCCUUGAAUAUAAGGAUUUUCAUAUUUUACUAGAUAUUGACAUGUCCAUUAUAUGUAUAUUGUUUUGGAAGCCCUAAUUGUGGAGUCAGGAAAAGCCUUGGAAAUUUCCCAUUUUUUAUAACCUAGGUUAAACAAACUAAUUUACAACAAAUCAAGGAGCACAUGGCUCUUUAAACCUAAGUGGUUACAAGAUACCAAAAGGCAAAGAAACCAUUUGCAAAUGCAGUCAUUUUUGGAGGGAAUAUAUGUACUCUCUGAAAAGGCAGACAGCAUUAGAAAAUACACUUGUAUUGUAAAAUCUCCAAAUCUUCAAAAGAUAAUUUUUUCCUGAAAGGAAUGUUACCUUACCAAGAUACUACCAUGCACUGAUUCUUUAGAAACUGGUACUUCAAGGAGUGUCUUAACCAUAAGGUGGACAUCUAACUCUGUGGGACUUUCACUAUUUCCUUAGUCAUUUGACAAUCUUUAUUAUCCACUAGUGCCAGACUAGUUUUCAGAAGGCAGUUUUUAAAAACAAAUUAUAGUUCUAUAAAGAUCUUAUUUUGUGGCUUAAUUGUAUUUUAUAGUUUCCUGGUUAAGGCAGAAACAUUUCUAUUUUAUGAUAGGAUCUGCAAAAUGGCCAUUUUACAAUUUUAAAGUGUUAUUGUUCUGUUGAUGAAGAGGACUAAUAUUGAACACUGGUAAGGAUGGUUUUCAAAAGUUGCCUCUGAUGUGGUUAUGCUGCUGUACACAUUUUAUGCUAACCCUGAUGAAAGCAAAUGUCUUGACCCAGCCAGGAAUUCAGUUUUAGAAUUCUUACCAAUUCUCAAGCUCUGGACAAACUGGACUAUUGUCUCGAUUUUCCUUAAUAUUGUAUACUACUUGUACUAGGAUUGAGAUUAUUUAAUUCAAAUGUUAAAGCAAAUUAAAACAAAUUUGCAGGUUCCAGGUGAAUCCUUUAUUUGCAAGUAGCAAUUAAUUCAUUUGAGAGCUUAGGAGAUUCCAAACUAGUUGUUCCACACCCCUCCUUAUCAUGGGGUAUAUUCCAAGACCCCAGUAGAUGCCUGAAAGCACGAAUACCAAACCCUAUACGUACAUACCUGAAGUUUAAAAAUUAGGCAGUGAGAGAUUUAACUAAUAGAACAAUUAUACUAUAAGUUAUAAGGGUUAACAUAAGCACUACCAUGAGACAACUAAGUGAUUACUGGGCAUGUAAUAUGCAAAGAUUCAUGCUACUCAGAAUGCAAUUUAAAACAUGAUUUCUAGAUUUUUUCAUGUUAAUAUCUGCAGACCACUGGUAACUGAAACUGUGGGGGGAGAAACUACUGCAUUAUUUUUAAGGCAUAACAUCAGGUUCUGAGGGGAGGCCAGCAUAGUUGUCUAGUAUGCAGUGAAUAGAGCCUCCAGAAAUCCUCUAUAAGGCAAGAAAGGGUAUGAGAACUGGAGGUACUAGAAAUGUCUCCCCACCUGUAUGCCACCUCAGUCACUAUUCACAGAUGUGCUAGUUAUUAACAAGAACAUACUAUCCCAAUGUUAAAAACAAGUUUAACUAGUGAUGAUGAGAAUGGAGCUGUUUAAGGUCUUGAUAUAUUUUGAAGAAAACAGAUUUUGUUGCCCAGAAAUUAAGUGCUCAAACGUGCAUUUUCUACAUAAUUUACGGAGGCAAUCAAUGUUAAAUAUUGAUUUUAUUAAAAUAUAAAUUUUCAUCA